AUGUCGAAUCAAUCUUUUCAAAAUAAUGCACAAUCAUCUAAUUCACCAGAAAAAAAUGAUGAUCUAUGGAAAAACUUAAAGAUUGAUUUUACUCUUGAAAAUUCAGUAUUUUUCGAUAAUAAAAUCUAUGGUAUCAUCGAAAUUAGCCCUGAGGAAGCUCGAGAACUCAUUGAAAACUUUGUAUUAGUCAUUGAUAAUUCUAUUCGAGUUGAAUUUAAUGCUCAAUUUCAAAAUAUAUGGGCAUCUGGUUUUGAUCCAACAAAAGGAAAAACAUUAGUUCUUAUCAAAGCUAUACCCAAAAAUACGAAAAUGAUGACAAAGACGUCUGGAACUCAAGAGUUUUCGAUCGUACGAAAACAUUCUUCUUUAGCACCAACUAUAAUCUUUGAAGAGGCAAUAAAUGAUUUAACACCUUAUUUGAUAGUUCAAUGGUUUCAUCUUGGUGAUUCAAUCGCUGAAAAAUAUGUUCUCGUCUUAAAUGGUAACGAAAUUGUUUAUAUACGUCGACCAUCACAAAGUGGUGUAUAUAAAGUUUGUAUUAAAAAUUUAAAACUUGAUAAAAAUAUUAGUCAUACUAUUUAUAUCAUAGCAAGAUUGAAUAAUGACGAAGAAACAUAUCGAUCAGAUCCGAUCAAAUUUACUAUACCCUAUAAAGUGAAUCAAAAUAAUAGACAAGUUAUAAAAGUUUAUGUAGACAAUUAUGCAAAUCAACUUACAAAAGAAAGAAUAGAACAAGACAACGACAAAAAACCAUCAUCAUUAUCAGGAGAUAAGCAACAUACACACAAAAUAAUACAUUCUAUAUCAUUGGAACAAUCUUCAGACAAUAAGAAUCAUAAAUUUAAAAUUGUAUGCACACAUCUUUCUGAUCAUUGUAAAGAACCACAUGAUGAUUUUCCUGGAAUAUCACAUUAUUUCGAGAGAAAUUCUACCAAAGCAUUACUAUCAUCAUGUACUCAAAGUAGAUCAACAAAUAAUCAUAAAUCUACAUUAGUUCUUGAAAUAAACAUUACAUCUUUGAAUAAAAAAGAUACACAUGAUGAUGAUAGUGAUGUAAUUAUUAGUUGA